UUCAUGAUUUACGAUAAGGAAUUUUGGAGCAAAUUCACUUUAACAUUCAAAACUACUAGGCUAGUUAUUGUCACUUGUAAUGUGUAGUUGAUUGAAGGUGAAGUUAUAAAUCCAUAGUCUUUAGUUGGUCAAUAUCAAUCCCUUAAUAAUGGCUUUGCAAUCAAAUCUUUAUCAGAUAUCAAACCAAAAUGAAACAUCGUCAGGGACUUGUCUUACAAAGAAAACGAUAGCGUUCGUUGGUAUUGGGGUUUUAGUGGCUACAGCUAUAUGCAUCAGUGUUAUUGUUGCUGUUAGUGUCACAAGUGCUAAGUCAUCAUCACCGAAGACCCCUUUAGCUUUAAGUGCAUACAUCGAGAAGAUGAAUUUGAUUAAAGAUGAAAUUAAAUGGGUUGGUUAUAGUUCUGACAACUUUUCACUGACUGAUGCUUUAGCUGGCGGCACUGGAUCCAAUGGAAAGAGUGUUUACGUCUGUCGAGCUAAGCAUUUAUCUAAUAAUAAAAGAGACUAUGAAGUGAUUCCUGGAACUUUUGAUCCCACAAAUGGUUUAUGUGCAGUUCCAUACGGUGAAAAAGCUAAUGACCAUCCAGAGUUUGAGUUACUUGUUACAAAAAAUCCAUCUCGAUUAUUUUGGCAGGAGGAUUUGCAAGGUAAUUUAAAAAGUGGGGCCGUUUCUGGUGGUCAAACUGUAUAUAAUGAAGAGCUUUACGUUACCCGAUUUCAAUACAAUGGCUAUACAGUUCUGGGUAAAUUACAUUUAACUCAUAAUAAAGCUGCUAUUGGACCAGCAGAUGGAAUAGAGCUAUACCGAGAAACUUAUGAUCUUUUAUGUGUUGAUGAUUAUGCUCUGUAAAUGUUUUAAUUAAAAGUCCAACUUUUAUCACGAA